AUGUUUGACCUGCUGAUAAUCGGAGGCGGCCCCCAUGCCUUGACCCUGGCCAGUUUGCUAUCCAUCCCAUACCCUGAUCCAAACCCAGACUCAACCCUUUCCCUUACCCACCCGCUCCUGCCAAACCUGGACACAAAUAGGGCCAAGCGCUCCAGGAGCCAGAGGAAGACAAGGAGGGGGGCAGCUGGCCAAACACAGGAAGAGCAGCUGGCACCUCUGAUGGUCUCUGACGGGAUCCUUCGCUCUCCUCUGAGCCUCAGAGUUGUGGAUUCUUAUGGAGAGUGGACCGCUCUGUGGGAGAGCCAGUUCACCGCUCUCAACAUCCCUCAUCUGCGCUCCCACACACUCGUACACACAGACCCUUUCAACAAGAAGGCAUUACAGGACUUUGUUCUCAAGUCUGAUCGUACGGCAGAGCUCCACAGUCUUCCAGACCAGGUCUACAUUUUGGAUGACAACGCAUUCUUCAAUGACAUGCGGCUCGGCAAGAAAGAGAGGAGACGUCUGAACGUGGCCACAGCGCUCAAGAAGAAUUUAUCCUUCAGUCUGCCAGGAACCAAAUUAAGUGUGGAUUUCUUUAAAGAGCAGGUGGAGAGAUAUGGCCUGGACAAAGUGCUAGUAAAGGGAACAGUUGAGCGCAUCACCCCUGUGAUUGAUGACGAGGAGGACAGAGAAGAAGUCAGUGCUUCGAGAGUGAAAUAUUUCCAAGUUCAACUUCAGGAAGGCAUCACACUAAAGGCCCACCGGGUUGUUAUGGCAACAGGUCCCACCCGUGCCCAGAUGGCAAACAUCCCUUCCUGGGUGAGCUGCAUCGGAGAGAGUUACCCAGAGGAUCGCUUGCAGCACACCGUGCACCUCAUGCAUUACCUGCCCGUCGCUCAGCAAACAUGUCAGGAAACAUCCAGGUUGUGUGCGGUGUGCGAGGCAGGACAGAGAGUCAUGGUCAUUGGUGGAGGUCUGACCAGCGCUCAUGUCAUCUCCAUUGCCCUGCAGCAAGGUGCCAGCCAUGUGACAUGGGUCAUGAGGAAACACCUCCAGUUAAAACAGUUUGAUGUGGGCGAUGUGGAGAGUCUGGUGGGCCGCUACUCCCAUGUGGAGCACGGCAUCAAGAUGGAUGGCCGAGCCUACCUGCGACAGUUUUAUAAUGAAAGGAGUCUCCACAAACGUCUGGCAAUGAUUCGCCAGGCAAGGAAAGGAGGAGCCGUCACCCCAGAGGCCUACAGCCAUCUCCAGCCAUUCAUACAGAAUGGUCAGGUGGAUAUUAAGACCUACUGUCAGGUAAGUGAAGCCAGAUGGUGCUAUAGGAGCCAGGCCUGGAGCUUGUCCCUCAGCAAUGGGGAGCACUGGACUGGGGAUAUGAUCUGGCUGGCUACCGGCUGCAAACUGGACGUCAACCAAGACCCUUUGCUUACUGGAGUGAUGAAGGAAUUCCCUAUUCAGGUGAUAGAUGGUUGGCCCUGCAUCACUGAAAGCUUGCAGUGGGCACCAGGUUGCCCCCUCUAUCUAAUGGGGCAAUACACUGCACUUCAGGUUGGACCUCAUGCAGUGAACCUAGCUGGAGGACAGGCAGCCAGUAUGCGUAUUGCCAAGGACAUCAUGCACCUGGUAGAACAGACCAAUGGAGCCCCAGAAAGAUCUAAGACCGAGGAAUACAUUCAACAGAUGCAAGGCCUUAUGUGGUUGUGA